GCCCCUGGCGCGCGCUGCCCUGAGCUGCUGUUGUUAUAUCUUGUAUCGAUUUCCUGUGAUGCCUAUGGAAUGUGUUAUCUUCUCUAUGAGCUAUAAUCCCUUUUCGGCCAAAUAACAGUUUGCGCUUUCAGAUCUUUAUUUAUCUUUGUCUAUCUUUGUCGCUCUUCUUCACAAUGUCGUACGCAAGCCUCGGCCACGAUACAGCAUAUCAUGGCUCACACAGCCGUUCUGCUAGCGAGAGUCGUGUUAGUAGUGACCGUGAACCUCUUAAUCGUGAACACUCCGACAGCCUCUACGAUCCUCACACUCGCACGGGGCGCCCAUCAUUUUCCCGCUCAGCCCAGAACUCGCCUGCAAUGAACCCCCGCAUCGAAGUCAAUGUCCAUGAGCCCGAGAAAAUCGAUCUCGACCGCAAGUUUCCUAACGAAUCGGCUGGAAUCAUACCUACCCGCCCUCGUGGCCCGUCUGGCUGGGCACGCUUCCUCGCACGCAUCCGCACCAUCGAAAUCGCUCUCCUUCUCAUUGGGUCCCUGAUCGUCGUCGGUGUCAACGCGGCAGUCAUAGUGACGUACAAUAAGCACCGCGACACGAUGAAGAUCCGCGACAAUGCUUGGACGGGUCAUCAGGACAAGUGGCCGGUGUGGCCGUUGGAGGGUAUGGACACAAAGCCUAUCACGGCAUACCUUGCAGUCGGAUCUGUCAACGCGCUCGUUGCCCUUUGUAUGGUACUCUUGAGCUUCCAGAAAAGUUUUCGCCUUAUGCAGGGUGUAUGCACGGAGAUUGUCACGAUGUUGGUGACAGGUGCGUUUUUUGUCCUGUGGGUUUUGUUGGCGGUGUUCUUGCAGUACCAAGCGGCAGGAAAAAGUGGGCACCACAGCUUCGUGACUUGGUCGUGUUCGCAUACGGGCGGGAUGUUUAGCCCAGACAGCUUCAGCUUCAAAAACAUGUGCGCGUUGUCGAGGGCUGGGCGUGCCGGUGGUUGGGUUGCUGGAGCGGCGAACUUGUUGAUCUUCCUCACGAUCGUAUUUGGGCUUUGCGCACAGCGGAAGACUAGGGGUUACUCUCAGGUCUCAGGGGGUGCGUGGAUGCCGAAAUGGAGCCGUGGUCGCAAGUAAAGACGUCGAAGGCGACUAUAGUGUCGUUGCUUGCAGAGAUGUCUAAAUUGACAGCCGGGCUGGCGGACGUGUUCAAGCGUAUGCAUGUGUACAGGAGAGGUGCCAGAGUCGCUUGUCUUGAUUGCUUUCCCACUGUUCGAAGUUACGGUCCUGACUGGUAUAAAUCAACCAAAUAGAAUCCGGUUCUUUAGUAGUCAUGAU